AACAUAACUUGUUUUCGAAAAAGGUGGCAGCACUGGGAUGUGUUUAAAAUUUACCGUAUGUUUGUUCAAUUGAUGUUGGCGUCACUUUUUGAUUGUGUAUUUUGUAAUAAAAAAUUAAACUAUAAGAGCAACAUAAAUAUAAAUAUAUAUAAACGUAAGCAUGGACGAACAAGCGAUGAUAACAAAGUCAGCAAUAUUGGAGACGACCAAUGAACAGUUCGAUCAGUUGCACAUCAAGUGGUCGCAUAUGUUUGACACAGAAUAUUGCCAGGAAUUGAUGCACAAGUUGGAGGAGCGCGUGCGCAACUUUUACAGUGACUUAUUGACAGAAUCAGAUGAGAAGGAGAGGUCGAUCAGGGAGGGGAUUAGUGCACUGCGAGAGGAGGCCUCCGAGGUGAACCGUCUGCUGCACAAGAGUGUGGAUAUUGGAGAGAUGCCAGAGGACAUGCCACUGACUGUCUGGCAGCAGAGGCUGGACGAGAGUAUCGAGCAUCUGCGUGAGGAGCUGCGUGAGCGUCGUGCCGAGAUCUGUGAGUUGCUGCUGCAGCAGGAGCAGUUGUGCGAGGAGCUGGGCGAGGUGCCGCUGCCUCUGUUGGCCGAUCCGCUGCCCAAGCCGUCGGAGAUGCUUGCCUUUUCGGAGCACCUGACGCGUUUGCAGGCAGAGCGGACACGUCGCAUGGAGGAGCUGUUCCAGUUGCGCAGUCAGAUCAAGCGGGACAUGAAGGUGCUGGAGUUGAUACCACAGACUGCUGCAGACGAGCAGCUGCUGAGUCUGGCGAAUCAGUGCCUGACUCCGGAUAUCUUUGAGAGUCUGCGUUUCAUGCAACAGGAGUUUGCCGCCCAGGUUGUGGAGCUGCAUGAACGCAUUGAUGAUAUGAGGCAGAAGAUUCAUGUGCUGUGGGAGCGUCUUCCGGAGACAGAGACGGAUGAGUAUGCCAUGCGGCGCGUGCGUGAAGCUACGGCGUAUACGCAGCGGACUUACGAUGUGCUCAAUGAGGAGCUGCAGCGGUGCCAGCACUUGCGUAGCCAGAACCUCAAGACGUUCAUUGAGCAGCUGCGGCUGGAGAUCAGAAAGUGGUGGGACUUGACACUCAAGUCACAGCAGGAGCGCAAGCGGUUCUCCAACUAUUACAACGAUUGGUACAACGAGGAUCUGUUGGAGUUGCACGAACUGGAGCUGGAUGAUCUGAAGAGUUAUUACAAUAACAACAAGGAGAUAUUCGAGUUGUUCGCAAGUCGGGCUGAGUUCUGGGCACGCAUGGAGGCCUUGGAGGCGAAGGCCAACGAACCCAAUCGAUUCAACAAUCGCGGUGGUCAGCUACUGAAGGAGGAACGCGAGCGGAAGGCGAUCGGGAGCAAGCUGCCAAAGAUUGAGCAACAGAUCACGGAGUUGGUGCAAGCGUAUGAGCAGCGCACUCGGUCGCCAUUCCUGGUUCAUGGCGAGAACAUCUUGGAGCACAUGGCCAGCGACUGGGUGCGUCUUCGUCAGGCCAAGGAACAGCAGAGCUCUGCCCGCAAGCAUGCAGUAACGACUCCAUCCGGCAAUGGCAAGAUGCUGCCACCGGCUGCUCCUGCACUUGCUCCUGCUCCUGGUUCAACUGCUCCCCGUACGCCAUUGUCGCAAAGAAACGCAUCCGCAAUGUCGGCUUCCACGAUGUCGUUGAGGAGAACUCCGUCCAAUUGGAAGCUAGCUUCCAUGACAAAUUCAGCGGCCAAGAGCACGGGAAAUCUUCACAAGCGGAAGCUGCAAAAUGGUGACGGUCAUAAGCCAGAUACUCCGCACGCCAAGCGGAAUCUGAUGACGACGCUGACUGCCAUGAAAAGGUCUCCGGCCGUGCGAAAGCCGAGUCAACGUCUCUUGCCCGAGGAGCAGAAGCCGACGAAGUCGCUCGUGAAGAAGGUGCGUGUGAUGGAGGACACAAUGCGUCGCAGCUCGGGGCUGGCCAGGCGCAGCAUAGGACACGCUGCCAAGAAGACACGUUCAAAGUUGCCGGCACCUGUGCCGAAAAAAACCCUGCGAGGCGCCAGCAGCGAUGACGAUGAUGAAUACACAACGGAUGAGAGCAGCAAUCUGGCAGCUGUUGGCAAAGAGGAUAUUUGCAACUACAGGAGAUUUGUGCCGCCCGUGCGCUCAUCCGAGCUGCCAAGGAUGCUUAAAACACGCAACAACAACAACAACAAACACAAUGAGGGGAACGGAAAAAUGCAGCAGGAAUUGCCGGAACCUCGUCGCAGCCGAAUGUGGGAGCCAACGAGACACUAAAUAAAUAAUUAAAAAUAUCAGAAAAAAUGUGAAGAGAUGAGAGAGAAUGAGAUUUUUAUUAUUAUUCAAAUUAAUUUACUUAUGUUUUCAAAUUACGACUUAAUAUUUUAAUGUUGCUGUGUCUUCUUCAUAUUGAUUUUAGUUAUAUAAAUUGUUUUGUGUAGUUCAAAGUAUUAAAUAACACUUACAUAUAAACGUUGUCAACCCAAUAAAAGCAUUCUAUUAA